AUGUAUGUUACCGAUCGAUUUGGUAAAUCUCUUCAAAAUCAAUUACAACCAUUAUAUCAAAAUGUAUCAUCUCAAGGGACACGAUCAUCGAAUGAAAAUCUUUCAUCAUCAACAAUUGAAUUAUUUGUUUUUGAAUUAUACUCACUUUAUACGGAUGCUUUUCAAAAUUAUUCUAUAUAUGAACAAGAACAACUUACAAAUGCUCUCGAUGCAAUUCAACUCGAUACCAGUGACACUUCGUCGGGUAUUCAAUUACUCAUGUCAUCAAUAUCUAAUGUAUUUUCAUUAGCAAAUGAGAGUAUUGACAGAUGUAAACAAUUAACUAAUGGUCAAACAAUUAUUAGUCUUCUUAGUGUUCUUCAAAAAUUUUUUACUGCAUAUAUUGGAGAAUUAAAACGUGUUGUCAAUAAUAUUCGUGAAAGAAAUUCAAAAAUAUUAGGUACUGAAGAUUGGGAAUUAUUUCAACAAACCAUUCGUAUCUUAGAAAUAUGUGGUGAACUUAUUCUUGCUUAUGAACAAUUUGAAUCAUCAUUAGCUCAACAAAUGUUACAAAUGAUUAAUGAAUGGCCAAAUAAACCAAAUAAACAUAAACAACAUCAUGAUAUAUUUGAUUUAGCAAUUGAAUCAUUUAUUAAUAAAAUAUCAUCAUCAGAUAAACAUGAUUUUGUAUCAAUUACAAAUGCACUUGAAAAUGCAACUUAUAGUCUUUUUCCGGAUAUACCAAAAUUAUUGAGUAAAUUUAGUGAUGAAUGUCAUCAAUUUAGUUUUGAUGUUGUCUUUUUACCAAUUCAUACACUUCUUAAUGGUUUUUCAAAAUUACCAAUUUGGGCAAGUGAAAGUCGAAGUACAAUUGUUUCAGAUUUACCUUCAUUUAGUCUUGUUCCACAAGAAAAUAUUACAAAAAUUGGACAAUAUCUUUUAAUGCUUCCACAACAUUUUGAACCAUUUAAUUUACAUGAUAAUCGACAAUUAGGAAUUGCAUUUAAAAAAGGAAAAUUACCUUAUCUUGAAGAUAAAGAAUCGUAUAAUGAUUUAACAUCAUGUUGGCUUGAUUCUAUUGCUUUGGCUACAAUGCGUUUAUGUAUUGAACAAACAUUAAAAAUUUCAACAUUAACUUCAACAGGUCUUAAACAAUUAAUAAUGGAUCUUCAAUAUCUCUAUAGUGUUCUAGAAGAUUUUGGUCUUAAAGAUGUAGUUGAUUUUCGUGAUAUGAUUGAAUUAUUAAAUACUGAUGAAGAAACAUUUGAAGAACUUGCUCGACAUAAACCAGCACGUAUGGUUACAGCAAUUCGAACAAUGAGACAUUUGUAA